AUGCCUCUCAGCGAUGAGCAGAUUAAGAUCAUCGUGAACCAUCCGCUUAAUGACUUGCUGGCUUGUUUCCCGGCCAAAUUACGCAAUUUGGAUGAUUCCAAUCAAACCUGGCGUGAUGGCAUCGCCAUCCUCCUGCAAACGAUAAUUGACUCUUCCGCCGCAUGCAACCUUCCUUCGUCAGAUGGAGGCCACAAUGUCGCAUCAAGGCUCUUUACCAUACGACAAAACGUCCGAGGAGGCUUACUCAAGUUCGAUCAGUUUCGCCCGCUAGUCAACGCCCUCGAGACCAACUCCGACACCGAUAUCUGGACCGCCGUCAUCAACCUCGUCGCCGCCGUCGACCCGUCGACACCCCCACGGAUCAGCAUCCCGCCGACAUUCAACGCGACACCCAUCAGGUCCAGCUCGAGCCGACUUGCCGACACCGAAAACCGUGAGAUCGUCGAACUCGAGCUCUUUGAGGAAAUAAGAAAAUGUACCUUUCGCGGCGUCGGAGGGUUUUGGGACAAGUUUUUCGACUCUGAGCGCUGGCACAAGGAAAAUAAAACCAUGCUACAGGGGAUAAUGACAGCGCACAACGGAGAGCAAUGGGUGAACUUUCCUUCCAUCCCCGAACAAGAUUCUGUCUGGGAAUGGUUGCGUGGUCUGGAAGAUGAUUUCUUUCCGAAUGCACAAUACAAACUUCACACUACCACACAUGCCUAUCAGCUUCAGGAACGAAAGGGCCAGUUCGAUAUUUUCUUUCAGACGCCGGCCGCCGAAGGAAACAACACAUUCUACUAUAAGAACGUCCUUGUUGUUGGAGAGCUCAAGUUGUCGUUUGACAGCGGCAGAUUUAAGGCAGAUUUUCUGCAACUUGCGCGGUAUGUGCGAGGCGUCUUCACCGACCAGCCAACUCGCCGAUUUGUCCACGCGUUCACCCUUUGCGCUGAUGAGAUGGAGCUCUGGGUCUUUGAUCGGUCUGGGCCCUAUAGCUCGGGGCGAUUCAACAUUCACAAAAAGCCGGAUAACUUUGCGCGCGCCAUUAUUGGGUAUGCGACGAUGGAUAACGACGCGAUGGGCCUGGAUAUAUUCACUGAGCGAGAGGGUGUGCAUCGCUAUACCACCGUGGACGACGUAAGCGGCAACGAAAAAAGGCUAAGGCUGGACAAGGCUAUGGUCAGGCAGAGGGCCAUCGUGUGUCGCGGGACUACUUGCUAUAGGACCGAAGAUGGCAACGUCGCGAAGUUCUCGUGGGCAUCGGAUAAGCGGAAGCUAGAGGUGGAACAGCUUAAGCUUGCAGAGCUUCGAGGCGUUAAGGGAGUGGCUAAAGUGGUCGCGCAUCGUCAAAUUACGACCAUUGCACAGAUGCGGAAGGGCCUGGACUUUAAGCGACAUCGUCACCGGUUCCGGAAUGAAGACGCGCCGUUGGCCCCAAGAUGGUCCGACCACCCGAUUAACGCGUCUGGCAAGUCGUUUCUGCCUACGAAAUUUAACGACCAGCUGUCGACAGGCAAGACGAAACCGAGCCUGUACGCUCCUAGCGAGGACCUGUGGGAGAACAGGAUCUACUCCUGCCUCGUCGUCUCGCCAGCCGGCCGUGUCAUCAGCGCGUUUGAAUCGGUCAGAGAACUGCUUGAGUCGCUCCGAGAUGCGAUCAAGGCUCAUCGGUCCCUGUAUGUGACGGGCAACAUUCUCCACCGCGACAUAUCAUCAAACAACAUCAUUAUUACACAGCCUACGACAGCGGGUGACUUCAAGGGCAUGCUUAUCGACCUUGAUCUAGCGAAAGUGAGAGACAGCGUCGCGAGCGGAGCGCGGCACCAGACUGGCACGAUGCAGUUUAUGGCGGUCGAGGUGCUGUGUGCGGUCGAUCAUACCUAUCGCCACGACCUAGAGUCAUUCUUCUACGUCCUGAUUUGGAUGUGUGCGCGUGAAGUGUGGACUAAGUGGAAGUUCAGAUGUGGAGAGACGCCGCCUAAGCAGAGCAUUUUACGACGAUGGGAAAUCGGCAGCUUUGAGGACAUUGCGGAUUUUCGGUUCGAAGAACUCGGCCUGCUGGUCAAGUUUGGAAGCGAGCCCGUGGUUUCCAUUGCCGAGGGACAGUGCCUCUGGGCGCUACAGCACGCCUUGCCCAGCGUCCCAGUGCCAGAAAUAUAUGGCUGGGCUCGGGAUGGCGAUUUGACAUAUCUAUUCAUGGAGCUCGUAUCUGGCAUCACACUGGAGAACAUUUGGAGCGCUCUGUCGCGCCCAGAGCGAACGCAAAUUUGUACAGAGCUACGAUAUAUGCUCAAAGAGCUGCGUUCCCUGCGACAAGAACCGGGCCAGCAAUUCGUCGGCCAUAUAAACCGUGCUCCACUCUCCGAUAAAGUUUUUACGAAUGGAGUUCUGCCACGCGCUGGACCUUUCACAGACGUGAAACAGUUUCACGACUGGCUUUCCUCAAUGUUGACAUUGGGGAUGGAAAUACACUGGCCAGAUACCGACUCCUCUGAUAUACCAGAUCCAUACCGACACGGCCUACCGGACGACGCCGGUAUCGUUUUCACGCACUCCGAUCUUCAUCCUAGCAAUAUUCUCAUAUCGCAGGAAAAGCCCCAUCGUGUCAUCUCCGUCAUAGACUGGCAGCAAUCUGGAUGGUAUCCGGACUAUUGGGAAUUUUGUAAAGCUGAGCAUACAGCCGAGUAUGGCGCAGAGUGGCAGAAAGAUUACAUACCACAAUUUCUGGACGAGCCAGAAUGUGUGAUGACUUUCGAGACAUAUGCUCAAGCUUUCGGCUACUGA